GUGCGUUGAAAGAAGCGCGAGUCAAAUGGGAGACAGAUUGAAACUGUCUGUCACUAAGUUUUCAUUUAUGGAAACGGAAGGAGCCUUCUAGUAUUUGUCGGUGUGAGAUUGCAAGCAAUUAUAUGACCUAGGUAAUCUUUGAGGUUGUUUUGCUUUUGUUUCGGUCGGAUAACGCACGGAGCGCUGUUUUUUUACAUGACAAGUCGACAACGAUGGUAUUCUUCAAGACCUGCUACAUAGUUUCCUUUUUAAUGACCGCAGGACUUUUCUUAGCUUUUGCUGAAGAUGAUUUGAUUAUAGUGAAAACACGAUUUGGAUCGGUCAGGGGAAAUACUCGUCGUUUUGAUGACCUCAGCAUGCCCAUCCGAGCUGUGGAUAAAUUUCUUGGGAUUCCGUUUGCAGCGCCGCCUGUGGGUGAGUUACGGUUUAAGCCUCCGCAGCCCCCCCAGGUUUGGAACCCGUCCAUUUACGAUGCCUCGCAUUUUAAGGACAUCUGUAUUCAAGAUCCUGAGUACAAUGAGUUCUUCUGGCCAAAUCUUUCCAUUCCACAAAGCGAAGAUUGCUUGUAUCUAAAUGUGUAUUCACCCCAUCGGAACUCGAGCUCCAAGGAACUCUUUCCAGUCAUGGUUUACAUUCACGGAGGGGGCUAUGAAGCUGGAACCCCCGCUGUCAGUCCGGGAGAUGUGAUCCCCUUAUGGGGUGUCGUUCUGGUGACCAUACAAUACCGCUUAGGCCCCUUUGGGUUCAUUACUUCUGGUGACGUGAAGGCUCCUGGAAAUUAUGGAAUGUUGGAUCAGGUCGAGGCUCUAAAAUGGAUCCAAAACAACAUAGAGCCCUUUGGGGGUAAUUCGUCGGCGGUUACCAUAUUUGGUGAGAGCGCUGGAGGGUCCAGCGUAGGCCUUCUACUCUUGUCCCCUCUUACGAAGGGUCUUUUUCACCAUGCAAUAUCGAACAGCGGAGUGGACCUCUCCCCUUUUGCCAUUGGGUCAAACGAAGAAGUAACAAAACAGAGCAAGAUGGCCGCCAAACAGGUGGGUUGUGAAGCAGAGGAUAGUGGUAGAAUGAUCAAAUGUCUACGUUCGAUUGACGCCUUGAAGUUCUCAGUGAAGGAUGCAAAUGUGUGGAGGCCCAUAGUUGAUGGAAACUUUCUUCUGGACACUCCACGAAAGCUGAGAAGGGCCGGAAAUUUCCAUCAUGUUCCGUACUUGGCUGGGUUUACUAGCCAGGAAGGCACCUACUUUUUCCCACAAUUCCUCGAGAACACAACGCCUGAAGAUUUCCUUCAUCGAACUAAGGAGGUAUUUAAUACGAUUGGCAACGAGUAUGGACAAAUGUUGAACGGAGAUCUUCCAAAGACUCUUCUCGAUACCUUAAUGUUGUUGUAUACACCGUGGCCCGAUCAAAAUGAUCACAUUAAGGUGAAAAUUGCAUUAGCAGAUGAAGUCGGGGACUUCACCAUGAGUGCCCCAACCCAUGCAGAUCUGGCUCUUCACAGUAAAAACGCUCCUGUGUUCAUGUACGAAUUUGCACAUAUGUCUACGCUCAACCUAAGGCCCGCAUGGAAAGGACCCUCACAUAAGGAUGACACCCCGUACCAGUUUGGGUUUCCUUUAAUGAAUCUAACCAUUUUACAACAGUAUAACGAGGCAGACCGAAACCUAAGCUACAUGUUAAUCACGCUUUUUACGAACUUUGCCAAAUAUGGUAAACCUACACCACAGCCUGUCAACGAUGUAUCAUGGGAAGGAUUCAACACGAGUCACAUGGUGUAUCUUCGUGUCCAGUCGCAGCCUGAGAUGGCUGUCAACUACAAACCAACAAAAAUGGCGUUUUGGAAUGAGUUCUACGAGAGGAUGUUGUUAGAGGAGCCCCAUACUUGCCAUUCUACAUCUGGUGCUCUUAAACGGUGCUUCCUUUUCCGUAACUAUAUCGUAUUGUCUUGCGUCUUCUUGUCUAACAUGAUUUUUGGUUAA